AUGCACUCUACGAUGCAUCCAUCAUCUAUUGAUCAAAUCUCAGUGCCAACAACUUUAUCAAUUGAAGAAGAUAGACAAGAUAAAUCGCUAACUCUGCAAGAAAUACAAGAAGCACUGACACAAGUGAACUGCAAGAAAGCUUCUGGAAAUGACUAUUACAGCACACCUGAUGAAAGUAGAAGAUCUGCCAAUGCUCAAAUGGCUUCAUGA